GAGCAUGCAAAUUGUCAACAAGUAAUUUGUAAAGAAGCCUCUAGCAUCUAUCGUUUAUGAGGGCUCUUUGUGCAAUGCAGCUUCACGAAGAGUGAGUCAGGGUAUAACGAUUGUGUUUAUACUCUGCUGUUUGCACGUGUAUACGGUUUACGGCAUAACUAUCGAAUUAUACAAAUUUUUGCACAAAACAAAGAAAAAUUACUCUGUUAUUUUUCAUGUCUAUGAAUAAAAUUAAUUAUGAGCACACAUUUUUGUGAACACAUACAAAGGUAUAAAACUGAUGAAGGAUUAACCACUUACCACAUAAUUCAAGCGUAUUUUGUUGCUUGUGUAGCCCCAAAUGCUCGAAAGAAAAAGGCUGCUGAUGCUUAUUGCCACGAAUGUAAGACAAGAGCAAAUCGAAUACAUGCUUGUCUAAGUUGUGUCUUUUUUGGAUGCUUUGAUGAAGAUCACAUGAAGAAUCAUGUACUUGCAAAUAAUCAUGGUAUUUCUAUAGACAUAAAAAAUGGUCAAAUUUUCUGCUACAAAUGUAAUGAUUUUAUAUAUGAUGAAGCCUUUGAAACCAUAGCCCUUCAAUACAAAAAAAGAGCUGUAAAAGUAAAAGACUCUGAAACUCCUUUGCCAUGGGAGCCUAAACAUUACGAAAUACAAGUUCUAAAAGAAAAUAAUGGCUUAAAAAGAAUAUCAGAGGAUUCUUCCAUAGGAUUAAGAGGCCUGUUAAACUUAGGAAACACUUGCUUUAUGAACUGCAUUCUUCAAGUGUUAGUGCAUACACCUCUGUUACGGGAUUAUUUUCUUUCUGAUAAGCAUACAUGUCUCUUAAAAGAUAGUUCAGAGUGUAUAGUCUGUGAAAUGUACAUCAUAUUCCAAGAGUUUUACUCAGGAAGAUCAGAGCCUCAUGUUCCGCACAAAUUGGUGUAUCUGAUAUGGAAAUUUGCUAAAUAUUUGAUUGGAUUUGAUCAACAAGAUGCUCAUGAGUUUUUAGGUGCAAUUCUUGGUGGCUUACAUGCCCAUGCUCGAGGUGAAGAAACUGAUGAGCAAUUGUACCACAUCGUUAGUGACUGUGAUUGCAUUGUAGAUCAAGUUUUUGCCGGUUUUUAUCAGUCAGAUGUCAGCUGUUCAAUGUGCAGUUAUGUAUCAACAGCAAUUGAACCUUUUCGGGACAUCAGUUUAGACUUGGAUGGAACUAAGUUGCAUAAAAAUGGCAUAAAUCCUAAUCCAGAAUCUCUUUUUGAUUGCUUGAAAAGAUAUACUCACAAUGAAGUUCUUCAUAAUACUCCUUGUUCACAUUGCCAAAGCUAUGAAACUACCUCGAAGCAGCUUACUAUUAGGGAACUUCCAGUUGUUCUUUGCUUCCAUUUAAAACGGUUAGCUGCAGAUUCAGGAAAAAAGGAAUGUAAUAAGAAUUCUACACAUGUGAUGUUCCCAGAAACUCUUGACAUGUUACCAUUUAUGUCUCUACAAUGUGGUGAACAAAAAAACUUAACUAAUGGAAAUCAUUCAAAAGAUGUCCAUCAUUCAGAUGAUGACCACAACCUUGAACCAACAAAAACUUUGUUCUCUCUGUUUGGUGUUGUAAGCCACAAAGGUGACCAGGCUGGAGGUCAUUACAUCGCCUAUAUUAGGCAGUAUCGUGAUAGGUGGUAUCUUUGUGAUGAUGAUGUCAUUAUGAGAAGCAGCCUGAAGGAGGUCCUCGACAGUGAAGGGUACCUCCUAUUUUAUCAUAAACAAGUAAUUGAAUAUGUGAAAAUGCCACCAGAAAUUACUAGGCAGCAACAGAAUGUGACAGAACAGAAAGAAACUGAACAGAACAUUUCUGCUGAACAGAAAACUGUUUAACAGAAACGUAUUCCUUUAACAUAUUUCUUGUCUCAUGGUAAAAAUGUGUUGUGUGAAAAUCAGUACUGUGAUCAUGUGAGAUCUUAUAGCAGCUCAGUUUUCUCCCUCCCUCUUUGGUGUAUGAUCUCUUCAAAACUGGAAUCUUUUUUACGUGUAACUACAAAAUCCUCUCAAGUUAUGGGAUAAAAACGAGCUUUUUUUUUUCUUUCUUGAUUUGGUUUUCUCUUGCACAAUGGCUAUGAGACUUAACUUUAUUUAAUUGUUUUUGGUGAUUAUAUUUAUAAAUGUGAUUGUGAAACAUUCGGAACGAUGAUAUGUCAUACUUUUAGGGUUGUAUUAUGAUAGUUUACAACAAAUAGCAUUCUUGCCACCCAUUGAAAAUGUUGUCAAUUGCUGACUUUCUCCGGUGUGUAUUUACUAAAUUCUGUUAUUUUGUUCUAAUGUGAUGUACAAAUUGUAUUGAAAGUAUGUUCCUUCACAAUAAAUAUUUUCUUCUUUUUGUAUAUAUUGAUAUGUCUGAAUUGCAACAAUGAAAUCUAUAUCAGUGCUAUAAUCAGAUUUUGUCUUUGUCAUAUUUCUGUGAUAACUGUUAAUUGAUUAUGGCCAGUGAUAACUCUGAAUAGACAAUACCUGGAAAGCCAAUACUGAUUAAUGACAUGCUUCUACCUGUCUGAGGAAUAUAGGAGAAAAAUUCAAAAUGUUAGAAAAACUCAUUUGAAAUAUAAAUUUUUCAAUAUUGUUCAUUUAGCUGGAUUCCGAUUGCCAUCAAUUGCUAUUAUGUUGUCUAUACUGAAAGCUGAAUAUUUUCGUAAAAUGAAACAUGGGACAGAAUAAAAACACUUGGCAGUAAGAUUUUGUGGAUUAUUAUUUGGAAUUUGCAUGUUUUUGUUUGGGACCCUGCUUACAAAAUUGAAUAGAUUUUUUUUAAUAUUCAUAUUGAUUGCUGCUUUUUUAAAAAAAUUUUCUGAAUAAAUUGGUUUAUUUUUAAAUGACUUGAGAUUAAAUUCAAGACUAUUUAGCUAAAUGUGUAGAUGUACCAUAUACUUUUAUCCUGUUGUGUCAACUUGAAUUGUUGCUAACUAUGGUUGACUGAAGCUGUCCUAGUCAGUGUACUUUAAAAACUUCUAGUUUUUUUUAAAAAAUGUAAAUUGGUUUUUUUUUUUUUCCUAUCAGUAUUAUUUAUUUCUGCAAAAUUAUUAUUAUUUAAAAUUUAAAACGAACCUCACAAAAGUUGCUUUAAAAUCAUAAAAAUUCUGAAAAUAUGCACUUUGUUUAGUGUACUUAUAUGUACAAAUUACUAUUGUGAAAUUAAAUUUGUUGAAAAUUUACAGAUGAUGUUAUUUUUCAUUAAAAAGAGUAUUUUGUAUUGAUGAGGCUCCAAUCAUUGACAAAUUGAAUGUUAAUGCUAAUCACUUUCUACUAGCUAUUGCUCAUGAGAAUUAUGACUAGGUUCUAUUGCCUUUUUCUCAUGAACCCUUCUAAUGGAAAGGCAUCAAAAAUUUAAUAAACUAACUGAAGUUUUUUUUUUUUUUUUUUUUUUAAUGAGUUGUAGAUAUAUAGGUAUCCCCAUGAGUUCUGAACAACAUUGUAAUUGAAUUUUGUGUGUCCUUCUUCAUAUGUAAAUAUUGAAUUUGUACAUCAAAUUUUGAUUGAAAUUACUGUUAGUUUUGUUAUAUAUUUAUUUUUUAUAAAAUUGUCCUUUUUUAUGUUUUGUGGUUAUAUUUAAUUAGACAAAUCUCGGAUGCACGUACUUUUGAAAAUGAUUUUUUCAUUGUAACUGGUUGUUUUGUUUCUUGAAAAGUGAUAUACUGUAAGAUGUAAUAUACUUUCAAACUUCAAUUUCAAGUUUCAAUUUUGUAAAAAUACAACUGCACAUUUAUUAUUG